AUGCAAUCGGGAGUGUCCAGUUUUUCUGGAUCAUCCGACAAUAGUCAGCUCUCACUAAAUCUUCAGAAUAACGCUCCAGUCGCAGGAAAUUAUGGCGUUCCUGUCUGGACGAAAGAUCACUACAAAUCUCAGUAUAAGGCCCCGCCUUAUCUCUCUAAUUAUGUCCCGGGAUUGAGGGAUGCAUCAGCUCAGGUUUCUGCUGAAAGGCGAAAACUAGACAACGAAAAAGCCUUAAUAGCCUACUAUUCAUCCAAGAUCCAUGUCUCUCGUCAUGACAGUAUAAUAAGCGGAUGCUCCAAUCCUUCUGUGGGCAGCGAUAACUCAAGAAGGAGUGCGCGUAUGAAGCAUGCUCUCAAAUCCACUCACAAGACUUUCGGCGACCAUGGUUCCCCGCUUAGAUGUGCUCACGAUGAGUCUAAGUACUCCCCCGAGGUCUUCUCGAAAGGCUACCUGAAUUAUUGCUCUAAACUGCCUCUACCGGUAUUAGAAAGCACUAAGCUUUUGAAGAGACACAACAUGUGGAUUCCCAUGACCCGAUGGGAUAUUCGUGAUAAAAAUUCAGAAAGUGAGGGCCCCUCACUGUCGCACCAUGAUGGAAACAAAGAGGAGGAUUCCCGCCUUUUCACUGACGUUAAAAUACACCCUGCAGAUUAUCCUUCGAAUCAAAACACAUUCGUGGGGUCCAUGACGAUCCCACCACUAUUUGGUGAGAUGAAGCUCCCCCCAUUCGCAUACCAGUGCACAGUUGACCUGGACGACAACAUUUAUACAUUAGGGGGGCUGACUUCAUCAUAUCUAUAUUCUGACGAAGCACCAGAUCUUAGUUCCUUCCAUGUUGAUGGAGUUCCGAAUCUUCCACCGCCGCUUCUAGAUAACGUGGUUAACAAUCCCUGUAUGGUUAACAAUCACGACCUGUAUGUUAUAUCUUCGUCAUCCUCCAGGGUUCAAAAGCCUACCACAACGGGCCAGGUUCCACCACCUUUGCUUUGUAUGACAGGCUCGGUUUUGACAAAGCGUCACAUAUUCUACUAUGGCGGUUUUGAGAUCAAGACUGAAACGACAGUGGAUGAACAAACUGGAAAAUUCUUUCUAAAAAAAAGAGCAUACCUACACAAUACGGCCUAUAUUUUAGACGUUGUGACAUUUAAGUUUACCAAAGUUGAACUGGUUGCUCAGCCCACUAAGUUCAAUGCUUACCCGGCAACAGUUCCCAGGUUCGGCCAUGCACAAGUGUCAGUACAGUUGAGCCCGACUACUACUCUAAAAUGCGCGGCAUGUUCCGCAAGCUCCAGUUCUGAAAGCAAAACCGACGAAUCUAAGCCAGAGAAUAUCGGGGCUUCGUCGCCCAUUUCGCAACCUUUGGAUCUCAGAUCUCAAUCUGAGACAUCUCUUACUGCAGAAAAGGUUAUCAAUACAAAGCUCUCGAACUCAUUGAAUUCAGGAGUUUUUACAGUCAUAGUAAUGGGGGGCUACCGCCAGAUUAACGAAGAUGAAUAUGAAACCCUUAAUGACCUUUGGAAGCUGGAAGUCACGGUAACGGCUCGCGGGAAAAGGAAUUAUUUCAAAUUUGCAGACACGGCGCUUGCAACGCCAUUCGCAAGGGUCCUUAAUGAACAUGAGGGAGGCACUUGGCCUGGCGCAAGAGCGUUUCAAGCCUGUGAAGUCUAUGAUACAGAAUUGUUAAAAACGUAUUCCUCAAAGCCAAAGCUCCUGGAAAACCUACGGGCAAAUUUUUGUAUCGAGCCUGAAACUUUGUCUCCAGGCGUAAUGAGUCCCGGUGAAAAGGCUCCAUCCCUCACACGCCGGUCAGAGUUGUAUGAAAACCAUCAUAUUCAUGCAUAUGGGGAUUCUACGUGUAGUGGUGCAUGGAAUCACAAGAGUAACGCAAAUACACAAUUUACUGGCAAGACCCUUCUUGUUCAUGGAGGGUCAGACAAAGAACAUGUUUAUGGUGACAUGUGGUGGUUUGACCUCGAUAACGAAGAAUGGACUCUUGUCCCAACUUAUGUGAAACGCACAGACUCAAAAUGUCAUUCGAAUGAAGUUCAAUUGCCUCUUGUAGGGCACACACUGGUCCGUAUAGCUUCAAAUGCAGUAUUGACUGGCGGUCUAAGCCAGGAAGACGUCGACAAGUUAUGGUCCAGAAACAAAACUCAGAGCGAUCCAAACCCCGCUUUGCCACCUUCAUUAACAGGUGCCUUGCAUCUGUUAGACCUCAGUUCUCUCGUAUUGAAACCGUUUUUACUUGGGACAGAUCCCAAUGAGAUACAAAGGGCUAGAAAUAUAGGAUGGCCCGAAGUUCUUCGCUUCAUAUGUGCCCCUGGCAUGCAUAAAAACGGUUUCGUUUAUUUAGUGGGUGGAAUGAUGUUUAAUAUAAGCAAGGUCGAAGAGUUAUACCUGCGAGGGACAAUGACGGUCUUUAUUUUGCCUAUCAUAACGACACCGAAAGUUGUCACUAUUUGA